AUUGGUUUCCGGGUCACCCGAUUAGGAUGCGACGCUACCGAUCUUUUUUCUUUCGAUUUUGCGUCAGGAGAAAACGAUUACCACUUGAACCUUUGAUUCAAUCUCGUCCACUAAACGAUUACCAACAAUUUCUGGUUCGUGGUUUCUAGUUCAUUGUCGCAUGAUCUGAUUGUGUUGAUAGAAUUCAACUUUCCAUAUUUAGGAAUGAGAACACUCUGAAUUUCAUGUAUAGCUUUUGAUAAGAGUGAAUGAAGAAUCUAUAUUUUUGGUUGAUCGUAGUGGCAAAUGAUUGGGGUUUACCUUGAAGGUCAAUUCAGUAGUGGGAUUAGCCAAUUUACUGUAAUUCGUCCACAUUUGAGUGAAGUUGAACACUGCUAGUUCUGGUAAUAACAGAUUGAGUGGUGAUAGUUAUGUAUUGUGCUCUUCUGGGUUUCAUGAACAUAGAGGUUAUGCUGAUAAAUAUGAGUUCUUGGAAUCAAAACCACUUUGCUCUCAAGAUGGCUUCUUUGAUUACCUCAACUUUGUUUCUGUUCUGGUGUCUGGCUUCCAUCUGAAUGUGGCAUUCCUAUGAUCAGAUAUCUUAAAAUGGGAAUCGGCAAAACGGAAAUCAAUUUCAUGAGAUUACUUUCAGCUGCACCUAAUCAGCAAAACCAGUCUAAGCUUAUGCAUUAUGUUGCUACUUUGAGGGAACAGUUGGAACAACUCUCGGAAGAGAAGACCCUUGAAGGGCUUCCCAGAGUUACAAACGCUAAGGUGAAUGAGUACUAUGAGAAGAUUGAAGCUGUUGUUUCACGAAUAGUUGCUCAAGUGCCUCACACAGAGGUAUCUGAUGAAGCUUUUGCAAAGGAUUCUACUAACGAUAGUUCUCCCAAAGUAGAAGACGAUACACGAACCCCCAAUUCUCCACAGCUGAGAAGAAGAAUCGUGCCUGCAAGUUCCAAAGAGCAAAGCUAUGACGCUGAUCCCUCAAAACCAAUAAAACUAGACACCGCAGCUCAAGCGCAAGUUAACAAGCAGAGAAAGCUUCAAGAGGAUCUAACCGAUGAAAUGGUGGUACUUGCGAGACAACUUAAGGAGAGAAGUCAAAUGAUAAGCCAAUCUGUGCAAAAUACAGAAAAGAUACUUGAUUCUACCGAGGAAGCCAUUGAGCAAAGCUUAGCAAGCACAGGACACGCAACCGUAAGAGCCACAAAGAUUUAUUCAGAAAGCUCAAAGACGAGUUGCUUCCAGUGGCUCUUGAUCCUCGCCAUGACAUGUGUGUUCAUCAUGGUUGUCAUGUUGAUCCGAGUCACAUAGAAAAUGGUUCCUAGUGUAAACCAAAUUAGCGACAUGUAAAGAUUAUUUCAGUCUCUAUAUCAUACAAUUUGUUAAGCCACAAUAUCUAAUAUCUAUAGCUCGUAUCACCACUCACCAGACCCUUGGACGUUAACUUUAAAGAAAGAAAAAAGAAAACUUGAC